AUGAGACCCCCAAAAGACCCGCGGAUUUCCGCUGCGCUUCUUAUUAUAGGCCUGUUUUCAGUGUUAAAGCCCUGCGCGAGCCGGGCGCUUACCGGAAACAGCCGAAGAGCCGAUUCACCUGAGAGAGGAUUUGGAGCGAAGGAGUGCUUUCAGAUCAUUACACAGCACAAUCGACUGCGCAGUCGAGUCGAGCCCAUGGCGGCGAACAUGCAGAAAAUGGAGUGGAGUGACACACUGGCUGCACUGGCUCAGAUAAGGGCAGAGUCCUGCUCAAACAACAGCACCAGAUCAGACAUGGACACUGAACACAUCGGCUGGAACGUCCAUCAGUCUCCUCAUGGCGUAGUCUCUUACGCUGACAUCAUCAACUCGUGGUUCCAGGAAGGGCAGCACUACAUCUAUCAACAUGGACAGUGCAAAAGGAACCACACCUGCAAGCAUUACACCCAGCUGGUGUGGGCCACCUCCAGUCAGGUGGGCUGCGCAAUGCACCUGUGCAGAGCUGGAGGUAAACACUGGGACACGUUCGUGUGUGCAUACUUUCCCGGGGGAAACUGGGAGGUGAACGGCCAGGAGGUGAUGCCCUAUAAAUCAGGAGUGUACUGCUCUCUCUGCACUGCCUCCAUGUCGGGAUGCUUACGGCUUUGGGACCAUGUUGGAGGCCUGUGUGAGACCCCUCGAAACCCAUGUCGUAUGAGUUGUGGACAGUACGGAGAGCUGAACAUCUCUUCAUGCCAGUGUCAGUGUCACCGUGGAUUCACAGGCCGGUUCUGUCAGGUGCGCUGUAGUGUGCGGUGUGUGCAUGGCCACUAUAAGGAGGAGGAAUGCUCCUGUCUCUGUGAUGUAGGUUAUGGAGGAGCGGAGUGUGCAGAGAAGCUGAGUUUUCCCCAUCAUAGCUGUGACCUGCAGAUAGACGGAAAAUGUUUCAUGGUGUCCUCUGAAGCUGAGACGUACUACAUGGCCAAGCUGCGUUGUCAAGAAAGAGGAGGGAUUCUGGCUCAAGUGCUCAAUCAGAAGGUCCAGGAUAUCGUGACGUUUUACCUCGGCCAGCUUGAGAGCACCAAUGAAGUCAUAGAACCUGACUUUGAGACAUGCAACUUCUGGAUAGGUUUGACGUAUAAACCGCUGAAAGAAUCGUUCCGCUGGGACACAGGAGAAAUUGUGACGUUUACCAGCUUUGCUUUUGGACAACCGGACAAUCAGGGCUUUGGGAAUUGUGUCGAGCUGCAAGCGUCCAGCGCCUUCAACUGGAACGACCAGCGUUGCAAAACUCGCAACAGAUACAUCUGUCAGUUCGGUCCAGAGCAUAUUGCCCUGUGGGAGUUUGGACGGUGAGAGCCGUGCUUCAUGACUGCUGCAGAAGAUUCCUGAUCCACGGCUGCUGUGGUUCUUCUGACCUGAUGAUAUGCUUUAAGUUCAGAUGUAGGACUCCUGAUCAAUGCAGCCAGCAUUACAUAAAGAA